CUCCAAAGGAUAACACUUACACCAAAGAAACCAUGGCUUAGUUUAUCUUAUUUUAUUUGCAUUACGAACUCCUAGCUCCGUUGUGAGCUAUACCGGUCAAAACAAUGUCACCUCGCCUUUUCCUUAUCACCCACCGCAACUUCCUGACAACGUUCUUACUUCUGAACCUGCUAGCAAUUGAAGAAGAUAUAGGCAUGUCAGCUAUUAUUAUAGGGAGCAACAAUCAAAACACACCCCUGGACAGCCUCGUCAAGCCCGGAUACUACGAAAAACUCCGGCGUGACCGCGACUUUAUAACCUUUGCCGUGGUCUCCAGAGCAGUCACUUCCCACACUAUCGACAAUGUGAAUCUCGAAGACUCUACUGGAGUGACUAUCUUGGAUGGCUCCACAAUUAGCAGUAGAAUGACGAAAAGAAAAAGGAUCGCCGCAGCGGGCAACACUGCCUAGGGAGAGACUUGGAAAUGGAUACACCGCUGAUGGAGUUGCUCGCAGCCCAAAGAGCAACCUGCGUUGGAAGAUUAAUGAGCGAACAUGGUAAAAGCUAACGAGACGCUAUACCGCUAGACCGAAAAGUUAUGCACAGCUGGUGGUCAGCCAGCUAUCUCCAACAAAAGCUAUGUACACUUCCACGAUGAGACCUCAAGACUGCAAAUAUCAUUAUUCAGCCGACGAUGGAGUGUUUGGAACUGAAUUCCAGUAGAU